AUGUUUAAACAACACCAUCUUAAUCAAGAAGCCAUGCAACGUUACAUCCACAAACUCAUCCAACCAACAUGUCAAGUUUUCAUAAACCACCGCGGCAUCGACACGAAGAAGAACAUAGCUGGGUUAUUGUUCAAAGAUCUAACAAGCAUGGGAAUCAAAUCUUUUCUUGAUAGCAAGAACAUGAAACCGGGAGACAAUCUCUAUCGUCAUAUCGACAACGGUAUCAUCGGUUGUAAGGUUGGUGUUGCUGUCUUCUCUCCUCGAUACUGCGACUCGAAGUUCUGUCUCCAUGAGCUCGCUCUUCUCAUGGAGACAAAAAAACGAGUUAUUCCGAUAUUUUUCGAUGUUAAGCCGUCGCAACUUAUGGUCAAAGACGACGGAACUUGUUCUCAGAAAGAGCUUAGAAGGUUCAGAUUUGCAUUAGCAGAAGCAAAAAACACGGUUGGCUUAACCUUUGAUCCAUUCAAUGGGGAUUGGUCGGAACUAUUAAACGAUGCUACAAAUGCAGUUAUUAUGAAUUUGUUGGAGGCGAGAUAUUUUACACAAGUGCCUGAGCACGAGUUAGUCGAAAUGGCGGCGAGUGUUUUAGACUAUUCCAUCAGGAAGAAAUUAGACACCCAAUACCCGAGAGACAUGGCCCAACUAGCGAAUAGAGUUCGAUAG